AUGUCUUGUCAUCAUGAUGGGGAAACCGAGCUUGUGUCAACCAGAGAUAUAAUGACAUGGCGGAUAACUAUGUUCCCACAAUCUAGGAUACCGGAUCUUGAGAAUACAAUUUUCCGCCGACAAUCUAACCUAGAAAAAAUCCAACUAUCCUGUGCACUAGAGACUACCGGCAUUGUCCAACGGUUCUUGACAUCGCAGAUCUUGCAGUCUCCCAACGAUCGGUCCAUUGCAAUCGAGAUCUACCUCACUCCCGCUGGAAAGAUAGAGGACUAG